AUGUGGUGCAACGAGAUGUUCUACGUGACAGCCGUCACUGAUUGGUCGUUGAUAUUCAGAGGCUCUGGUGGUGUGAACGGCAUAAGGUAUUGCAGGCCGAACCCACCAGGGAACCCACCACCACCAGGAGGGGUCAUCGGUGAUCCACACAUCAGCACUUUGGAUGGAAAGCACUACCUGCUGUUGAACCAGGGCAGCUUCUCGCUGUGGCGCUUUUCUGGACCACAAGCAGAAUUCCAUUCCGAGGGGAGGGUUGAAAAAUCGGAUGUCGAUUGGCAGAUCUAUACCCACUACAGCGGGCACCAGUCCUUCACCAAGGGUCUGCUGUUGGUGGAUCAGUCUGCGGGACACUUUCGCCGGGCUUUGGAAAUGACCUCACAGGAUUGCGUGUGGCGGACAAGAACUGAGGGCAACGACUGGGAAGUGUUGAAGGAACCUCAACUUCUCAGUGCUGCAGUGGGCACGGGCUUCAACAUCACAAGCCACAAUCACGUGAGGUAUAUGCCUCCCACUGCCUGUCCGGCCUGUCAAGGGAAGUGGGCCAUUGUCAGCGGAGGCCUUUGCGCGGUGUGUCGUUCACUGGACCGCCUGGCCGCGUACUGCAGAGGACCUCAGCUACCUCCUCACACUGGGGAGGUGCUGCUGACGCAGGUGCGGACUUGGAUAGGGGAGGCUCAGGAUCUGAGUGAGACCCUACGUGGCGUCGUUCCUUGUCCGAAGGGGGUGGCUCCUAAGAACGAAGACCCUGGGGAGCCACCUAUUGCGGGUGCUGCAGCGGCACCUGUGGAGCCAGAGGUAGCGGGAGCUACACCGAAAGCUGGGGCUCCUCUACCGCCGCCUCCUCCGCCUGAAGAGACACCGGGUGUGGAGGAAACACCUGAGGCAGGAGGCGGGAAAGCAGAGCCAUCAUCAUCUCAUCACUCUGGACGCAGUCAUAAGGAAGAAAGAGCAUCGAAGACACCAAAGCGAGAGAAGAAGAAGAGGACUAGAAAGUCGCGCAGUCGCAGAAGGAGUCGCUCAAGAUCACGGACUCGGUGGGCCAGCCCUGUCCAGCCGUCGGGGGUGAGAGGAGACAGCUCCCCUGAGAGGAACGUGGAAGCCCUGAGGCCCCAUCAGAGCUCGACCGCGGGAGCUGCCUCCUGGCCAGGGUCGUCACUUCGGGAAGAACAAGGGCGUUUCAAAGCGCAAGCGGAACCGAGAUUUCUGGCGGGGAGCGCGGCGGGGGAGGCGAUAAUGCCCCCUAAGCUCCGACGACCUGCAGCAGCUGUUGCAGUGGCCAAGGCAGGUUUGAGGAGAGGUCGAGGCUUACGGCGGCCUGCUGCCGGCGGUGAAGCCGGUGACGCAGGAGACGAGGCGGGGGAGAUUGAUUGCAGCCAAAUCUCCUUAGAGGAAUGCCAGAACUUGAAGGAGGUCGAGGUUGUCAGCGGGAGUUAUUGGGAGGCACCCCUCAAAGCAGCUUUACGGGUGUCAGAGGUGAAACUGAAGGAUGGCCAGAAGAUGAUUGGGGCCCAGGUGCUGGGUACUCAGUGCGAGGGGUUGCUCAAGUGGGCGUCUGGCCAGCCGGACCGUGUGGUUCGAGGGCACUUGUGCCCCAAGGAUUGCCCCGGGACGCCCCACGAGGAUGGGCUUCUGCACAUUCGCAAACUGAGGCGUUUGGAGGCUGCGCGAGAGGAGUGGAUGACAAACAUGCUGCCCGAGGAGCGUCGAGGCCCCGGCGAGGACGAGCUGGCCGAGCUGCGCGCCGACAAGAGGAAGCAUCACCAGGACACUCGGGGGGAGGGGGUCCGCGGCUUAGAGAAAGCCUCAGAGAGCCCUCCUCGAAAACGAAGGAAGACGGAGAAGAAGAGGAGCCGCAGCCGGCGAGGAAGGAGCAGCAGGUUCAAACUAGAGGGCAGGAAGGACAUUGCGGUGGUAUUGGGAGCCACAGGGGCAGACCCAAACCCCAAGAUGAGGAGAAAGUGCCGCAAGAAGGCAGCUCGGAUUGCUCGCAGGAAGAGCAAAGGUUCCAGCGGGGAGUCGACAGGGUCCUCCUCAGGGAGCACAAGCAGCCUCUCAGAAGAUCGAGCGCUGUUUGGCUCAACGAACCGGGUGCACACCAUCGGUCGCAGACUACCGGGUGUGCUCCUGACGGCGGCCUUGGAAGAGGCCAGCGAUGCGUUGGUCACCCAAGAGGGGGGCAUCUACGAUGUCCAGGGGGGGACUCUUCCCCCUUUGUUCUCCCGCUACUUCAAGCAGAACUUGGCCACCAAGAUGUCCCCGGCCAUGCGCCGGGAAGCGCAGACUCUGGCUCACAUGCUGGAUCUUGGCCUCCGCGGCCGGGUGGCGGAGUGCCUCGAUGUGGGGGCGCAGCGCCUCAAGGCGCUCGAAAUGAUGAUGAGCGGCGUGCACUAUACAGUGGCUCAACAAACCGAGUUGCUGCCCAAGGAGGAGAUCAGCAUGAGCUCAGUGCCAGAGUUUACGGAAGCCGCUCGCCGGGCCCGGGAGGACGGCAGGGCGAGAUUGGAGGCCAGCCGACCCUACGGGACCCGAGGCUCAGCAGGGGCCAAGAGCGAAGAGUGGGUGAAAGGAGGUGGAAAGAAAGGUCAACCAAAAGGCAAAGGCGGCAAGAGCGACCAGAAGAAGGGCGACGGUCAGAAGAUACAAGAGACCCUCCUGGAGGGGAGUGGUGUGGAAAGGAUGAACGAUGAGCGGGAGAGUGUGGGGACGGCGCCAUUUCUUGCGGUGUCGGGCGUUUCCCUCACCUCUCCUCGGAAAGGUUUGCAUGAUGGAAUUCAGGGGUGGGGGGCUGACUCUGAGCCACUUCACGACUGGCAGCGCUUGGAGCCAGGUGUACCCCCACCUUGUUUUGCUGCUACUGGCACGGCACCUGAGCGGGUAGAUGGAGCUCAUGUCGAGCUUGGCAUGCCGGCUGCAAGUGCCGCUUCUAGGCCGGUAGAUCCCACCAUGAAAGGGGUGGAUGAUGUGUUUCACCGUACAGGGGUGUGUGAUAAGGUGCCCACCAAUUGGGCUGGCUGCCAUUUCUCAGAUUUGGGUGAACCUUUAUUUCAAUCUCUCCAACAGCAUUUGUGGAAACGGACCAGCAAGGCCAUGACCACGGCAAAGGAGUUUUUAUUUCCAUUGCCUUUGGGAGAUUAUGAUGAGGUUCAUCCUUCAAAGCGGCCUUGGCUUAGGGCGAUUCUCCUGGCUCUGAACUCCUUUUACGGAGCGGGGCUUUCUUCGACAGUGCAGCCGACAGAGUUGCAAAAACAGGUGGUGCAAACGGUUUUGGUUUUCCUGGAUAGGAUGUGGUGUUGGACAGAGCGGGUACCUUCAACUUCUUUUGAUGACCUGUUUCGUGUCAAAGGUGUAGACUAUCGAGGAUCAACAACGACUGGGGCGAGUGCCUCGGACUAUGGUCAGCGGGGAGGACUGGCCGGAGGUGUGCCGGGGGAAGUCCCGCGAAUCCGGGGUUUGGUUCAACAAUAUUUCCCCUGGGCACAGGUUCACCUCCUUUGCGAAAGUGUUGCCUCAAUGGAUGGGGCCGAUCGGGGAGCUAUGUCACACGACUUGGAAUUGCAACCGUUGCGGGUGGACGCAGUAGGUGUUAGCUUAUGCCGCCGCCCCCGGUUGUACUGGCUGACCUGGGACAUAGAGUCGGAAGAAGGCAUCUCCCCACAGACACCCGUGGGUACAGGCUGGGAGGUUUAUUCUCCUGUCGAAUUGCAUGCGACGAUCAAUGCCAAGGACUAUCUGGAGCCGGGGUGGUUUCUGCCUCCUGGGGUUAGGCUGCCUACCUUCACAACAGCGCGACCAUCGGCUAAGCCCGGCCGGCGGCCUGCUGGGCUCCACACAUGUGAUGAGGCAACGCUGGAACGCUGGGGAAGGGAUUCCCACCGUUAUCCCCCCUACCAAUACAAGCCAGAGAACUGUCUUCACCAUGCACAGAAGGAGGUUCGUGUGGCAUCAAUUAUUGAGCGGGAAGUUAUCCUUGGGUUUCCAGCUCAUUACACUGAACAAUGUCUCCCAAAGCAGCAAAGGCAGGGAACCGCAUGGGAGGAUAUGAGAAAAACCCUCCUGGGGAACACAUGGUCGGUCCCAGUGGUGCUGUUGCUCAUGAAGCAACUCUUUGAGUGGGUCACGGCCGAUGCCGAAGCUCCGACCGAAAGCGGCGGCAUCGUUCUUGACAACGAAGAUCUGACUGACAAGGCGGACAAAGAGCCGCCCCAGCCCCUGGACAGUCCGCUCAACAACCUGGCGAAGUUUCGAACCAAACACGCGCGAACGCAGGAUGGAUUUCUCUGUGCUGCAGCAGGUGUGAAAGACGAGCAGGCCUUCGCAGGCUGUACUGAUUUGCCAACACCUGAUGGCACGAACAUUGGAAGGCACGGAGAAGCCGGUUAG